ACGCACUUCCUGGGACGCUGAGAAGGAGACGGCCAGAGCAGCUGCUCUGUGUGAACGAGUAACAUGCCUCGGAUGUGAGGAACAGACCAAGAACAUCUCUCCUCUGUGUUCAAAUAUGCAUACAUUCUUCUGAAUUGAUAAUAGUUGUCUUAGAACUACCAAGAACCUCAAAGAUCCCACUGACGGUACUGCACCAGCCUGCCUGCCAUGGGCUGUCGGGAUGUCCAUGCAGCCACUGUCCUCUCCUUCCUGUGUGGAAUUGCCUCAGUGGCAGGCCUCUUUGCAGGAACUCUGCUUCCCAACUGGAGAAAAUUACGACUGAUCACUUUCAACAAAAAUGAGAAGAACCUGACUGUUUACACUGGCCUGUGGGUGAAGUGUGCACGAUAUGAUGGAAGCAGUGACUGCCUGAUGUACGACACUACCUGGUACUCAUCAGUUGACCAGCUAGAUCUGCGGGUCCUCCAGUUUGCACUGCCUCUCAGCAUCCUAAUUGCACUGGGUGCUUUGCUGCUCUGCCUGAUUGGAAUGUGUAACACGGCCUUCAGGUCCUCUGUACCCAACAUCAAACUGGCCAAGUGUCUGGUCAAUAGUGCAGGCUGCCACCUAGUGGCCGGGCUGCUGUUUUUCCUGGCAGGUACUGUGAGCCUCUCCCCAUGUGUUUGGGUCUUCUUUUAUAACACUCAUUUGAACAAGAAGUUUGAGCCAGUCUUUACAUUUGACUAUGCAGUGUAUGUCACUAUCGCUAGUGCUGGGGGUCUCUUUAUGACUUCCCUUUUGCUGUUUGUCUGGUAUUGUGCAUGCAAAUCUUUGCCUUCUCCUUUCUGGCAACCACUGUACUCCCAUCCUCCGAGUAUGCAUACUUAUUCACAGCCCUAUUCAGCACGCUCCCGCCUCUCUGCCAUUGAAAUUGACAUUCCAGUAGUUUCACACAACACUUAAAGGGGAUAUAGUUUAAAAAACUUCUUGUAGCCUCACAUAUCCCUUGUUUAAGGAGCUCUUUUGGCCCUCUAUACAUUUUCUUUUUGUUUCUGUCCAGUUAAUGAAGCCAAAUUUGUAUAUCCUGGUAGAAUGAAGUGCUGCUAGUUUUUAUGAGAAGUACAUUCUUUUUAAUGUGAAUCAUUCCUUUUAUCUUGCUUCUUAUACUAGAAGGAUUUUUAAUCUCCAUAUUGAUUUAUGAUAAGUUGUGUAAGUGGAAAAUUUGGUUGUCUUAUUUAGAGCAACAGGUUAUUUAGAGCAACAGGGUAAAGUCAAAAAUGAUGGCUAAGAGGUGUUGUCCACAAUCUUUCUGACUAUUUCAGAAUGUGUAUUUUACUUUAUUUCUGUAACACCUUAGGACUGGAAAAAAUGUAAUUUCAGAAAGAAGAAAUUUCUGUCUGGUAAGGGUAAAUAUGUUAACAUAGUCAGUCUGCCAGCUUAAAGCUAUAACUUCUUCGAGCUAAUUCUACUAAAUAGGAUUUGCUAUUUUGAAGAUUUUCUUCUAUGAGUUCCUUAUCUUCUACCUCAUGACAGUGUUUUAAAAAUAAAAUGCAUUUUAAAUGAUAUUAGAGAAUAAGCCUAACAUUUUAAAUAGCUACUACUAUUAACUAAUAUUUAACAUAAUUUUAAAAGUUAAUGAGUCUAUAGUCGUAUUGGAGUUAAAAUAUACCAAUAUAAAUUGGUGCUUCCUUUGAGGCCAAGUGGUACUCAUGUCCAUAUAAAAUCUCAUAGUGACUAAGAGAAAUAAAUAAGGAGGCUGAAUUUCUUUUCUUUUAGAUAGUGUUUGGGGGCAGACAUCUAUUCUUGAGUAACAACUUCAGAGGAAUACUCUGAGGCCUUCCUUUGGAGUGAUGCAUGAAAUAAGGCAAGACUUUGCCAUGACCAUAGUCACCAUUGGUUCACUUCCUGCCCCUACCACAGAUUAUUUCCCGAGCACUUAUCUUUGCCCCACACUUUAGUAGGUGCUAUAGAAGACACAUGAAAGAGUAUGGGAUCUGUUCCCAUCCAGUGAGAAAUUUUAAUCUAAUAGAGUACAUCAAACUCUUAUCUGACAGGAAACUUUCUGACUUCUUUGGCAUCUGGUCUUAAUUUCUCAAUCAUUGAUGUGGUAACAUAUUGCAAUUAUAGGGGACAUGACUUUUUGGCAACUGACUUAUUACACAAUAUAAACAUUAUGCUGUGACUUAGAAGUUCACUUCAUUGGAUCCUACUUUGAUAUUUGAUCACUUACUUUAACCUUACUCUUUUAAUAAUUGUAUGUCAAAUUCAUGAGAAUGGGCAAAAGUGAUAGGAAAAUUAAAUUGUUCCUUUUUGAUCUGUGGAAAUGAUGUAUUGAAGAGGGAAACGUAUUUAAAAUCUCUUAUAAUGGGGUAACAUUUAGUGGAAAUCAUGUUAACACAGAGAUGAAGCUUAGAAAUUCAGGGAUAUUGAAUCUUUACUUUAAUUUGAGCUGCUUAUUUAAUUGAUGUAAUUUGUUCCAUGUAUUCAUAAGGAUUUUGUUCUGUUAACAAUUACAGGUUUCACAAAUAGUUGCAUGGUAAACCAAUUAUUAUGCUUCUUUUGCAGAUCUGAAUAUGAUUCUGAUACUUUUGUAGAUGUGAUACUUCCCCCCACCACCACCACCAAAUCUAACACUUGUUUGUGUAUGUAACAUCUCCAGCUGUAUAACUUUGAAAUGCCAUCAGUAGAAAGCAUGCAAGGCUAUGGUGAUUUCUUAGUUAUAGCUUCUGAUUUAGUUCUGUCCUUUUAACUCUUAGGUAACACUAAGUUUUGAUCAUCCCAAGGUGAUGGCAUGUAGAAAUUUGAAAUUAUUAUUAAUUUUCCCUCUUCACAAAUUUUAGUUCCCUCUCUCAUUAGAUUUAUCCAUAAGUAUCAAGAAUUCCACCUUUCUCCUGUUCCUUAUAUAAUCAAUAUAUAUAUAUAUAUAUAUAUAUUUUUUUUUUUUAAUGGAUUCAGCCACUAAUAUACUAGAGAGUGUUUACUCCAUGGGAUCAUAAAUAUAAAUGUUUUAAGUUCUCCCUGUGGGAAUCUUUUGGUUCCUAAUCCAUAGCCUCAAAUUAAUAUUUAUUAGGGAUUUGCCUGGCAAAAGAAAGAGCUGUUUCCCUUAUUGUCUUUAAUAUUUCAGAUUUGCUAUCAGCAGCUUUCUUCAAAGCCAGCAAAGAAAAGCAAGUAUUAUAAUUCUUUUCAAUAACUCAUCAAUAACUCAUCAGGCUAUUCUUGUGAUGGGAGAAUAAUCUUUUUGUUGUCAUUACAGCCUUUUAAUAUUAAGGGCCUUUUACAAAAGCCAGCUUGGAAAACAUCCCUAAAUGUAGUGUGAUGUACCAGAUUUGGUUUACCCAGCCUUGAGAGGAAAAAAAAUCCUAAGUUUACUUUACUUGUAAAUAUACACUAUAACAGAUUAUAUGUUUGGCUGUAAACCACAAUGUAAAACCUCAAUAAAACUGCACUGUACUUCUUGAUGUUUA